AUGAACAUACCAUUGAAGCUGAGACAUUUUCUGAAACUAAUAACACACAGAAGAAUUAAAAAUGGCAGUGAAUACACAUACUACAUCAAGGAGAUCCGGAAAUUACAGAAAGAAGGGUUCUAUCGAGUUGACCUAGGAGAAACAAAAAUUCCUGAAGGCCUAAUUACAGGAGAUAUUUCUUCAAUGGUAGAUGCUCAAAGACACAGACCAUCAUGGACAAUCAUACAUGCAGGAGGUGCUCGAGGAUGGGUUCCAUGGAAUUACAAGCUAUUUUUCCACGAGGAGCAGAUAAAAUACCAGCCUUCUGGAGACAAUUUUCAUGAGCUAUGUUCCAACCUGAGAGACAGCUAUGGGAAAUGCUUGAUCGUGACCAAUGCACAAAGCUGGAAGGCAUCUGACUGCAGUGACUCUAAUGCUUCCAGUGCUUUCCACCACCAACCCUCAUCACCCACCGAGCUGCUAUCCAUGGUGUGCCGCUCAGAUGUUGCUCAGGACUAUGGCCAUGAGCUUCUACAGCUCCCAGUCCAAUGUGCACAUCUCAGCCCACUCACCAAUGCCUGGUGGACAGUCAAAUGGUUCAUUUCCAACAACAGGGAGAGGGAGGGGAAAGAUUGA